AUCAGUCUCAGCUGACGUGACUUUGACAUACGUGUAACGAGAUUUUUAAAAUCGCCUCUUUCACGCUUCACGAACGAUUUUAUGUUUAAAAAUACACAAAAGCGUCUUUUUAGUCGAUAAAGAGAAACGUUUUUCAUUUCUGGAUAGAAGUGGUGCGAAUGACGUACACAAAAUAUAAGUUCGUUAAGUGAUAAGUGCUCUAUAGUCAAAUACGAUCAAAUUACCUAAUGAAACAUAAUCUUAGGGUGUACGUGCGUUUAAUUUGUUUACUAAUUAAAGACAAGCUUUUUUCAUAGCCCCCACAAACUUGAAAAUAAGGUAACGUUCGAAGCCGCCUACGCCGCUUUUUUUCCUCUCUUCAGAGCACUCGAUUGAGCAAGAAUCAAAUUAACCGAGCUCUAUUGUUUUAUUUUUUAUUUGAGCGGGAGCGGCACCUGACUGCUGACGAAAUCCAGAGCUCCUUCCCGAGCACGCGCAAUCCACUAUUUGAGUUACGUUGUGCAGCACUGACGUACAUAGUUGGUAGUUGUUGCGUGCAUUUUAGUGAAUUAUUUUGUUUAUUAUCGAUUCCUGUCAAAAGUGCGUGCACAUUUUUCGUUUAACUUCCGGACGCGGUGUAAAAAAUCGUAGUUUGUGAUGAGCCGCAGCGGAUCGGACGAAUUUCAUCUAUUGAUUGCUCAGUAAGAAGAUCAAAAUGGCUGGAGAAAGCCAAGAUCUGGACAUCCAACAACAACUCCGGAACAUAGACAACGUAAUCAACCUGACCCGUGCCAACAUCGAUGCCCUCAAUGCCAAGUUCGGGCACUUCCAACACCCACCUCCGAUUUACCUAAAAGAGUAUGACGACCUCACGUGCAAACUACACGAGUUGGAGAUCCAGAAACGGCGCUUCGUCGAACAACUCAGCACGGAACGCGAAAGUUCGCCCAGUUCCGAAGAAGAACCAGAAGAACCCCGUCGAGUUCCCUUGGAAGUCCACCGACCCAGCUGCGACGUCGUCACCAAACCCAGAUUCCUCCGAGCGCACCUCCCCAACCAACAGCGCACUAGCGUCCAAGUCCGCGAAGGACUCACCCUACGUGACGCCCUAGCCAAAGCCAUGAAACUACGAAACCUGAUUUGCGAAAUGUGCUGCGUCUACCUCGCCGGGUCCAACACCGUCGUGAAUUGGGACACCGAUAUAAGCACCCUCAACUGCGAAGAAAUCACCGUGAAAAUCCUCGACAAGUUCCCUAUUUUGACCAGCAUUUCGCACAACUUCGUCCGGAAGACUUACUUUUCUUUGGUGUUUUGCGAGUGCUGCCACAAGUUGUUGUUCCAGGGGUUCUACUGCGGGACUUGUGGGUACAAGUUCCACCAGAGGUGCGCCGCAAGGGUGCCCCCGUUGUGCCACCAGGUCCGCAUGACGGACGCCUACUGCCUCGCCUUGCUAGCCCGGUCGCCUGAUUUCAGCUCGGGGAUGCUCCAGUCCGACCAGGGGCUCGGGCAGCGGCAGGCCCGGCGUCUGGGUACCCUGAGCCGGCAGGACCGCUCCAGUUCUGCGUCGAACGUGUGUCUCAACAGCGUCAAGGGCUCUGGGGACGACACUCCCAAAUCGCUGUCCCUAACCCGGAGCAGCGACGGGGAGUGUCCUCCGCACUGCCGCAGCACCCAGGCGUCGCCGACGGGCCCGCUGCAGCCGCGAAGGCCGCGUUCGCGAUCCGCGGACGAGAGCAAGCCCUUGCUCGCGUCGCGCGAGAGCAUCGAGGACUGGGAGAUCCCCGGCGACGAAAUUCUGGUGGGGCACCGCGUGGGCUCCGGCUCCUUCGGGACGGUGUACAAGGCGCACUGGCACGGUCCCGUGGCCUUUAAGACCCUCAACGUCAAGUUCCCGACGCCGGAGCAACUGCAAGCCUUCAAGAACGAGGUGGCGGUACUACGCAAAACGCGCCACGUUAACGUUUUGCUUUUUAUGGGAUGCGUCGGCAAACCCCAGCUGGCGAUUGUGACGCAGUGGUGCGAAGGCUCCAGCUUGUACAAACACCUGCAUGUGUUGGAAAGCAAAUUCGCCCUGUAUACUUUGAUCGAGAUCGGCAGGCAGACGGCACAAGGCAUGGAUUACCUACACGUCAAAAAUAUUAUUCAUAGAGAUUUAAAGUCGAACAAUAUUUUCUUACAUGAUGAUCUUACGGUGAAGAUUGGCGAUUUUGGAUUGGCGACGACGAAAACUCGCUGGUCUGGCUCGCGCCAGUUCCGACAACCCACGGGAUCCAUUUUAUGGAUGGCCCCGGAAAUUAUCCGCAUGCAAGAAAAUAAUCCCUACAGCUAUCAGUCGGACGUGUAUGCCUUCGGCAUAGUCAUGUUCGAGAUGUUAGCGCUGCAAUUACCAUAUUCGCACGUAAAUAACAAGGAUCAGAUUCUGUACAUGGUGGGAAGAGGAUAUUUGAAGCCCGAUUUAACUACGUUGCGAUCUGAUACACCCAAAACCCUAAAACGACUCACCGAAGACUGUAUCAAAUUCAAUAGAGACGAUAGGCCUCUGUUUAGACAAAUUCACGCAUCUCUAGAAGGCCUAUUAAGACAUUAUCCUAAAAUCAAUAGGUCAGCUUCCGAACCGAACUUAAAUACGCAAUUUCAAUCUGAUGAUUUUAUUUACGCAUGCGCAAGUCCCAAAACUCCGGUUACUUUUGGACCAUCAGGCUUUGUUUAUUCGGGAGUUGCAGGCAAUAUUUGAAAAAGGUUUUCGAUUACUUGGUCUACGAGUAAUUCAACAAAAGAGGUAAGGGUUUGUGUCCCUUCAUGUUUGUAGAGUCGAUAAUUGUUUCUGGCGAUUCCGGCGUAGAGAUCCCAAUCGGGUUGAUAUUGGUUCGAGGGACGGGUCGGACUGACGCAAAUGCCGCGCGCGGAGCACGACUUCGAAAUUGAUGUCUGAAGUUUCACCAUCCUCGCUUUUGCUCUUCCUUGCCGCAGCCAGUGUCGGACUGGACCGCAGGGAUAUCGGGAAAUUUCCCCAGGGAUCAAUCCUGAAAGGAACCAUCGCGUCUAAUAAGACGGCAAAAGUUAGAUUCCUGAAAAGGGGCCAAAAGUUCGCUGUGACCCGAAUGAAGGGGUGAAAGUUAGAUCCCAUUGUUAUUACAAGGACACUUGGCGAUCCCAAUGUGUUUCCCGAGGGAACGUAUGUGUUCAGUCCUGCACUGGCCUCAUUCUUUCUCGUUACGGAGUGUCCUAGCGGUCCGAGGACUACAAUAUACGAUAUUGCACACGGGUACUACUCUCGGAUUACUAUAAUGAAGACGACUUGCAUCCCAAACAAAAUUAAAAACCACACGUCGCGCGGUCAGACUCACAAUAUAGCGUAAUGAUUUUUCCCAACUCUUGAAUCGAUCCGAGUUAAAACGGGUCGACACACUUGUUUCUCUAGACGUUUUUGUUUAAAUAUUGCAAUAACGCGUAAUUUUUUGGCAGAUAUCGACUGUUACGCAUUCGGUACCAGGUGCUGAUCCUACGAAGCCCAGAGCAGGGAGUGUUGGUUCAAACGGAGACAAUCUCAAACAAUUUAAGAACGACACUAUCCAGCACAAGGAAUGCUUUGCAAAUAGGAAGAAGGAUAGCAAACUUGUCAGUCGGGGACGGAAUAAGUUACCGGCCUACGUUACAGAGCUGUGGGACAUCGCACCUUUUCACAUCGUUCGCUCAACAAAGUUGGAUAAGCUCGUGAUGCUUUCAAAGACGAUAGUAAACCUGAAACCCUUUCGAACGGUGAAAUUUACAGCGACGUGUUCUUUGGUCUGCGAAUAUUUUACAACGUGCGGUCCAAAUUCCGACGGCACCUGUAAAUUUCCAUUGCUAAAAGACCAGGAAUUUCUUUUAGUCGCCAUGUAUGCGCUUUUAUUUCUCAUUUUUUGUAUAAAAGGGUGUGUCCUGUAUCCUGAUUCGCCCGAUCCAAGCUACCCUCGAAUCAAGACCUACAGGCCGCAUUUAUACCACGUCCUUAAAAAUCGGAACGAAAUUUAUAAUCGAUCAGAAACCCUAGAAAACGCUAGAGAACCCUGCAAGAGCAAUACGUCGGAGAAAAUUUUAGCUUGCUUCGGUUUUCAGAUGGAAGUUGGAAGUUUUCGAAUAGUCGAGGUUGCAGACCACUUGAACACGUUACAGGAGAGAUGUUACUUAAGGCCUGGUGGGGAUGCAGUGGUCUGUACGAGCCAUGGAAAACGGUCAAACGCAAGGAAUACGAUUGUAAAAAUAAUUUGCAAUCAUUUGAGAGCAAUUUUUGUCAUAUAAAUUAAUGCCGCUUUUCGGCUGCGGCGACACUAGCGAUAACUCGACCCGGUAAAGUCGAGCGAGCAUAUACCACGAAUAUAGCGCUUUCUUUGUUAACUGUCGUGUAUUAUGUAGAAAAACGCAAAGCUGUCAGAUACAAUUUGUAGAGAUGAUACAAGCAAUGCAGUUAAUGGUCCUACGUCAAAAGCGAAUAACAUCUUCAACAUCAGUACAUCACAAUGGCUUUUGUUGUUUCCUUUGUAAUUUGUGUCAAUGGGUGGACUCGAUUGUGUAGUAAAUUCGUCGAGACAGUUUUGAAUAUGCAAAAUUUUUAAGUAUCUCAGCUUAGUUAAACAUUCAUUGUUCGGACUUCCACAGCUCUCACACAGUGAUCUUCGAAACAGAAUGGUUCUACGAUAUCCCGUAACACAUUAUCACAGCUGCAGCACCUGAACCGGAUCUACCUGUGCCGUCACUGAAUUUUAAAACCUGGCCUACUUGGGAUUGAGGAGGUACUUGAAAAUGAAUUUGUUGAAGCUAGGUAGAUCCAGCUGAUAUAUUUGCAUACUCAGAGCCCAGCUGGUGUGGUUGCUUUAACCAAUUUACUUCAACCAGUAAUAAUUGGAUUUUUUGAAAUUUGCGAGUGCCUACAAAAGGGCGCUUUUCUUCACAAGACUUUUGAGCUGACCUUGUCCUAUCAGCAGAAAUUUAGAAUAUGCCUACGUGUCUAUUUGUGAUUGGCCACUGAACGAAUAGGCGCAACUAUUUUUAUAUAUAUAAAUAAGUUGUGACCGGGGCUCGUACUAACAGACAAACAAAUAAAAUUUUAUAUUGUAAUUUACUGUAUCCUUACGCAAAGUUUUUGAGGUGAGAAGAGGCGCCAUCUUGACGCUGUUAAAACGAGCUCUGAUUGCAACUGCCAUGUCAAAUAAACAAGUCUUUCUUAUAAGCGAAUAAUAUAUAUAUAUUAUAUAUCAAAGUUGAUAUUGCUUGGACUGUAAAUUAAUAAUAAGUAUAAUGUUUCAGAUGCGCGAUCAAAAGAUCGAAACAGAUUACUAGUUUUUAAAUAAUAUUCAGUGAUAUAGUACUAGACUUGUGUUCAAUAAAUGAAUGAACAUUAGCCAUAUUUAAAGCAAUUUGUGCAAAUUUUGCAGGUCAUGUCAAAUCAUGAACUAAAUAAAUUGUAGUUUUACUUGUAAUUUUUUAUUGGAUGUAAUGUGAUGUACUGCUAAACUAUUGAUUUUGAAAAUUAAACUUUUAAACAAUACAUACAUUUCUAUAAUUAAGAUGUGUUCGAGAAUUUUAAAACACGAUUGUGGAAGGAGUUGAACACAUCUUAAUUUUUUAUUAAAAUAUGACUGUGUUAUCUGUUAAAACAUUAAAUGUUAUUUUUGUAUGUGGACUGUAAAUGACAAAUAAAAUAUUA